UUUUUUGUCAGUUUUUAGUAAGACGGCGGUUUAAUAAUAAAAACGUUUCCAUGCGCCACAUUUUGACCAAAACAAGAUUAAUCCUCUGAUUUGAGCUGUUUUGUGACCAAGACGCUGCGCGCGCACACUGUGUGUCAGCUGAGGAGAAAGUUGUCAGGAACAGAAACUAUGAACGUGCCUGAGUGUGAUGGAAUAUCCCGUUUUCUUUAAGAGGUUCCAGCACACGAGCCCCGCGCCCAGAUCUCAACCAAUCAGCUUCUAGUGACUGUUAUCCGCGUGCGCCCAGAUCUCAACCAAUCAGCUUCUAGUGACUGUUAUCCGCGUGCGCCCAGAUCCCAACCAAUCAGCUUCCGGAGGAUCCUGAUGUUUUGUGUGUGGAGUAAAAGUCUAGAAGUGCAGAAGUGUGAGAGACAGAAGAAGAUCAACUCUGACAACAUUGCAAUUUAUCUGGCGUUAUAUCGGAGCCAUGAGAUUUAAGUUCUGCUUCUCGAUUCUGUGAGUGUGUGUGUGUGUGUGUGAGAGAGAGAGAGAGAGAGAGAGAGUGUGUGUGUGUGUGUGUGAGAGAGAGACUGUGUGUGUGUGUGUGAGAGAGACAGUGUGUGUGUGUGUGUGUGUGUGUGUGUGUGUGUGUGUGUGUGUGUGAGAGAGAGAGUGUGUGUGUGUGUGUGAGAGAGAGAGUGUGUGUGUGUGUGUGAGAGAGAGACUGUGUGUGUGUGUGUGUGAGAGAGACAGUGUGUGUGUGUGUGUGUGAGAGAGAGACAGUGUGUGUGUGUGUGAGAGAGACAGUGUGUGUGUGUGUGUGUGAGAGAGACAGUGUGUGUGUGUGAGAGAGACAGUGUGUGUGAGAGUGUGAGUGUGAGAGACUGAGUGUGUGAGAGAGAGUGUGUGUGUGUGUGUGAGAGAGAGACUGUGUGUGUGUGAGAGAGACAGUGUGUGUGUGUGAGAGAGACAGUGUGUGUGUGUGUGUGUGUGUGUGUGUGUGUGUGAGAGAGACAGUGUGUGUGAGAGUGUGUGUGUGAGUGUGAGAGACAGUGUGUGUGUGUGAGAGAGUGUGUGUGUGAGAGAGAAAGUGUGUGUGUGUGUGUGAGAGAGAGAGUGUGUUAUGGGAACUCUGAGAAACGGUUGGACGAAGAGAGAGAGCUUUAUUCUCUCUGUAGAUGUAGGCACGACCUCUGUGAGGUGCCAUGUUUAUGAUAAACACACUAACAUCCGGGGAUCCUGCAGCCGAAAGGUACCUCUGCAGUACCCAGAGCAUGGGUGGGUGGAGAUGGACCCGGAGGAUCUGUGGCAGAACUUUAUCAGUGUGGUGAAAGGAGCGGUACAAGACUCUGGUUUACAGAUGAGUCAGAUGGAGGCAUUAGGUAUUUCAACUCAGAGAGCCACUUUCACUACCUGGCACAGGAGGACGGGGAAACCGUUUCAUAACUUCAUCGGCUGGCAGGACCUGAGGGCAGCUGAGAUGGUGAAGUCCUGGAACAACUCGUGCACCAUGAAGGCAGUGCAUGGUGUAAUGAAGAUGCUGCACUUCCUCAGCAGACAGAAGCGUUUCCUUGCAGGGAGUUUGGUGGUCUUCACACCACAGCAUGUCUCCAUGCGUCUGUCCUGGGCUUUACAGCACAUCCCCCAGCUGAAGCAAGCAGUUGAUGAAGGAACUUGUUGUUUUGGGACCAUUGACACGUGGCUGCUUUAUAAACUUACUAAAGGUUUGGUCCAUGCUACAGAUUAUUCCAAUGCCAGCUCGACUGCCAUCUUUGAUUCCUAUCAGAUGUGUUGGAGUGUGUUUCUGUGUUCUCUCCUCUCUCUACCUCUCUCCAUUCUCCCCACAGUGUACAACACUAGUCAUCAUUUUGGUUCCUCUGAUCCUGAUAUCUUCGGGGUUUCUAUCCCAAUCAUGUCAGUUAUGGCGGAUCAGCAGGCAGCCAUGUUUGGUGAGUGCUGCUUUGAUACUGGUGAUGUAAAGAUUACUAUGGGAACAGGAACCUUUAUGGACAUCAACACAGGGAACAAACCACACACUUCUGUAUCAGGCCUGUAUCCUCUGGUGGGCUGGAAAAUUGGCCCUGAUGUUGUGUAUCUUGCUGAAGGAAACGCUGCAGACACAGGAACCGCCAUCGGAUGGGCUCAGGAGAUUGAACUGUUUACAGAUUUAAAGGAGACCUCCACCAUGGCCAGCAGUGUGAGCGACUCUGAUGGAGUGUGUUUUGUUCCUUCUUUCAGCGGCUUACAGGCUCCAUUAAAUGACCCUAAAGCAUGUGCAGCGUUCAUGGGUCUGAAACCAUCCACUACUAAGAGUCACCUGGUGCGUGCCAUUUUAGAGUCUAUUGCCUUCAGAAAUAAGCAGCUGUUUGAUGUGAUGUGUCGGGAAACUCGGAUCCCCAUCACUAAAAUCAGGGCAGACGGCGGCGUGUGUAUGAACGACUUCGUCAUGCAGUUAAGCGCAGACCUGCUGGGGUGUAAAAUCUCACGGCCCACACAAUUCGAAAUGUCGUGUCUUGGGGCGGCGUUCGUGGCCGGGUUAGGAGUCGGUUUCUGGAAGAGUAAAGAGGAGCUGAAGAAACUGCAGAUGACUGAGAAGCUUUUCAUUCCACAGAGUGUUAAAGGAGAUGGAGGUGGCAGUGUCAGGGGUGGUGGUGUGUAUAAACCAGUCCUGCAGAUGUGGGAACAGGCCCUGCAGCGCUCCAUGAACUGGUACAGCCAAACGUCAUAACACACACACUCAUACACGCACACACACACACACUGUGCCUGACGGUCAGAGUUCAGCCAUGUUGUUUACUCUGACACACUGCCAUUACAUCUAUUUACAACCUGCCACAACGAUGAUGAUGAUGAUGAUGAUGAUGAUGAAGAGCCAUGUACUAUCUACUCUGACGUGCCUUAAAUGUAACACGCCUCUGACAUCGGCCAUCUUAAACUUUUAUUCAUUUUGUAUAUUUACGACUCCAUGUUUUUACUCUCAUACACUUUAAUUACAUCCCCAAUGAAGGAUACAGAUAGCAAAACGUUGAUUUAUGAGGACUAAAGAUUUAAAUCUUAAUUAAAGGUUUUUUUGUUUUUUUUUUCUGUCAGAAAUGUACUUACUGUUGUACUUAUUAGCAACAAAAUGAUCCAGACCUGAAAUGAGAAGGGAAUAAAAAUGUGCUUGUGUUCAGCUGUAACGUGUAAUGUGCAUUCCUGUCGCAGCUCAUUUGCAUAUAGCGACGCCCACAAAACUCUAUAAAAGGUCAAGUGUAAGAUCACAGAGAGCUGAAAUGAAUGCUCAGGGUUUAAACUGAACCAAAAACAGAAGUGGAAGGAAAUUAUAUAUAUUUAAUUACUAUUGAUGAUGAUGAUAAUAAUAAUAAUAAUAAGCACAUGCCACCAUAAGCACAUGCCUCCAUCAGCACAGGAGUGUGUUUACGUCGUUCGGCUCUGUGCAGACAGACAGCGAGCCGUCCUCUGUUUAUACACAUCGUUAGUUUUAUCAGAACUGAAUGAUUAGUUUUAAUUUAUAGGUGUGUGUCAGAUCGCAUUCCUUAUUAGUUAUUAUUGUUUUCACUAAACGUUGUGGAUGAAGCGAGUGAAGCAGCUUGACGACGUGUUUCUGAAGGAGACUCUAAAGUUCUUCUGUACGUCUGUGGAGACUGGAGAUGGACGUCUACUAAACACUGUGGACAUCGUAGUAAUAAACCUGACACUGUAAUCGGGAUUGUAACGGUGCAGUCGGUAGGUUGAGGUUUAUAUGACUUAGACUUUUAAUGUGUACGAUCGUUUUUUUUUUUUUUGUUUUUUUUUAAAUUAACAGAUUUUCAUGAAUAAUAAAUUUCUUGUUUAAACACUCGAUCAAUUUAUUCAUGAAUGAGUCUGUUAAUAUCCAGCUCGCUAAAUGAGGCCCAAUAAAGUGUUACACUAAUAUCCUAAAGACAAAAAUAUUCACAUCAUCAGGAAAUUAUAUUUCUGUGCCUUUUUUUUAUCACAUUUUGUAAUUUAAAAUUUUGUUAGUUUUGAGUAUUAAAACUAACUGUAUUUUCUUCCACAAUUUAGUUCAGUUUAAAACACAGCUGUGAUCAUCAGAUUGGAUAAGAAUUGUGUUUUGUGUAAUUUAACAUGAAGCAAUAAAGAGGAAAAACGUUGUGUUUUGAUUCAG